AUGGCUUUCAGCAUGGAAUCUCUCAGGCAAGCGUUGCACCUCUCCUCUUCCAAUGGACAAUUGGAAUCUCUAGACUUAGAAGGUGUUGCCAAACUGAUCAAAAGCGGCAAGGUCAGGAAUAUCAUCACUGCCGUAGGUGCUGGAAUAUCUACUUCUGCUGGAAUUCCAGAUUUCCGAAGUCCAUCUACAGGGAUUUACGACAAUCUGGAAGAAUAUCAUUUACCUAGCCCUAUGUCAGUUUUCGAGCUUAGCUACUUUGAGAGAAACCCAAAACCUUUUUUUGAAGUUGCUCGCCGUCUUUACCGUCCCUAUGCCAAGCCCACCACGGCACAUUACUUCAUCAGACUUCUAUGUGACAAGGGUCUGCUUCUGCGACACUACACCCAGAAUGUGGACCAGCUGGAGCGUAUAUCAGGUCUUCCAGAAGAUAAAAUGGUGGAAGCGCAUGGGUCUUUCCAUACCGGUCACUGUCUUGAUUGUCACAAGGAGUAUCCCUUCGAAUUCUUCAAAGGCAAAAUUCUUGACAAGGAAGUGCCAAAGUGCACAGAAACGAAUUGUGAUGGGGUCGUUAAACCUGAUGUUGUGUUCUUUGGUGAGGGCCUUCCAUCCAAGUUUACGCGUGGAGUCAAACGGGAUUUUCCAAAAUGCGACCUCCUAAUAAUAAUGGGAACCUCACUUCAGGUACUCCCCUUUUCUGGCAUCGUCAAUUGCACUAAAAGUGGAGUUCCACGCCUCUAUAUUAAUCGUGAAUAUACGGAUGGCUCAACUUCGUGGGGUCAACCGGGUAACAAGACGGAUGUCUUUGUUAAGGGCGACGCCGAUGACACUUGUCUUCGAUUUGCCGAACUACUCGGGUGGAAGGAUGAACUCUUGCGGCUUCAGUCUACUAAGAAUGCCGAACUGGACCGGGAAUUUGACGAAGAACGGAGAUCCUCGUGA